UCCGCUUGUCUGAAAUCUAAUCCACUAUUCUUGCUUUCCGCACCCCUACCCUUCCUCUCUGCCCUGUCUGAGUAGUAAGGAAUUGAGAAGCCAUAUCCCAAAUGUCCAUGGCCAUAAGAGCUCUACUUCUUCUCCCUCAGUCUCCUCUCACACUGAAACUCCCAACUACCGCUUCCACCCUACCUUCCCAUUCUCCAAAACGUUAUCUCAGCUUCCCAUCUCUCCACGCGAAACCACUCUAUCCCCUCACGAGACAGAGAAACGAUUUCCGAGUUAGGGCUGACGAAGGCGACGUCGACGGCGGCGACGAUGACUACGAUCCAGAUGAAGAUGAGGUGGAAGAAGUCGACAACAAGAAGGACUACGACGUCGAGUACGUCGCUGCCUUCACCACCGAGGGCAAGGUCGGCGAUGAUAUAGAGAUGGUGCAGAGUAAGAGCUUUGUUUACACUCAGGGUUGGGACUCGGAGAUGGUGGUGGAUUACAGGAUUAAUGAGGAUGAGUUCCAUAAGAUCAGUUUGCUCGAGUGUGAUUUCUUUAUCAGGAAGCCUCCUGAUCCUGAUAACGAUGUCUAUGAUUUCAGAGAGAUGUACGUUACUCCUCCGGACACUGAUAUUUAUGCUAUUCCUAAAGUUCUGGCUCCGAUGCCUGAGAAGUAUAUUCGAUGUUCAAAAAGUGAUUAUGGAUGCUACAAUGUUACCGAGCCACCAAUUGAUGCACCCCGAGAUCCGCUCUACAAAAGUGAGAGGGAAGUUAUGAAGGUUUUCUUAACAAAGCACUACAGAAACAGGAGAUCUGGUGAUCCAGAAUUUGUACUUGAUUUUGAGGAGAUCUAUAUCCUUGAUUCAAAAACUAAGUCGAUCACCAGAGCAAAAGUUUUGGUUACUGCUCCAGGAGGACGAAAGAGGGAUAGAAAGCUGGACUUGCUUAUCAUUCGUGAUAAUGGGAACUCCUUCAAAAUAGUUGAUCUGAGUGAAAGAGAUGAUCCCACCAGUGUCAUUGAGAGAGAAGAAUGGAUUAAAACACGGCAAGACAUGGAGAGACACCUUAGAAAGUUUAGGGACUUCAACAAAUCAAAUUGGUUCUAAACAGUCGGCACUGGUACUUCAAGUUCUCUUCCAGAAGUGUGGAACAGACUUAACUAUAGAUGUUCUUGCUUCAGCUACAGAGAUGCCUUAAGCAUAGACAGAUGCACAUAUGACUAUGUUGGAAUGUGAGGUUUGCCAAUGUGCAGCACUGAGAGGCCUGGUUUCCAUUUUUGAUCUCCCCACUAGUAGGAUGCAAGGGUUUCUCCGACCAUGGCUCUUGAUUUAAUUCUUUAUUUUUCUGCUAGCUUUUGGUAGCUGCAGCGGUUUUACUUUGUUCUUGGAUCGGCGAUAGCCUCAUCAUCAGUUAUUCGGAAAGAGUGACACUUUGACUUGAUUUUCUCA